AGAAAAACUCCCCUUUCUCUCGGCCUCUUCCCCUCUCGCGCCCAAGGCAAAGCGACGCCGGCGGCGGCGACCUAGCCCAUUCUCAGGCCAUCUCGCCGCCUCUCUCCGCCUGCGUCCCUCCACACAAAAAAAGAAAAAAGAAGGGGAAAAAACUGGAUCACAGACGCAGGUCGCCAUUCUCUGCGACGCAAGCACCAGAACAACAAGGCCGCCUGUGGCUGAGAGCGCCGGAGCGCACGUCCGGGAGAGGGAGCGACGAGGAGCGGUCGGCACAGACCGGAGAGGUACUAGGGCGGCUUCUUUUUCAGAGAUGUUUCUAGGUCUGCUGAAUCCGCAUGCCCCACAUGGAAAAUUGCUAGCUGUGGGGCUUGUGGCCGCUUGGACCUCCAUUGCUGCCGCUGCUUCGUCGCUGAGCGAGCAGGUAUGGUGCAGCCAGAAAUCUUUCAAUUGCAUGCCCUGCUCUAUGAUAUACAUUUCUGAUGCAUAUCCCGGCACCUUCACGCCACCGCUUGCUCAACAUAAUGGCUUAGCUGACGUACCUGAUUCUUCUGACUUGUGCAAAGGACUCACUAAUGACCUUGAUGUGCCUGUGCUUUUGGAAUCGCACCGGCAACUUGUUGGUGAAGGUUCCCACCGCCGUCUUGUCUAUUCCAUGAAAUUUGGUAACAGCGAAGAUACUUUGGUAAAAUUCCUUGAUGACUAUGAUGCGAAUCUUGUGAUAAUUGAGAGCCUCCCUAGUGGGGUCUUUGUUGACCCAUUCGAGCUGCAUCAUUUUGUUGAACGAAAAGUUUUUCUUGAUGUUGCUGUUUUUGGAGACACAAACCUGGAGCUUCCCUCAGCUCUGUCCAACCUGUCAGCUGUUGAGAUUCAUUUUGAUCUCAAGCCAAGCACAUCAAUGAACUGCAACCUUGUGAUGGAGCUUCCUCUCCAUGCUAGAUACCCAUCUCUGGAUGCCAGCGGUUAUGCAACGGUCGAGUUCGGCAGCCCUGACCUGCUCCUCCGUUACAGAAGAAAGGAAACCCACCCUAAUUCCUGCCUGUGUGUCCUCCAGAAUCUCGACGCGAUGCCUGUGGAGAAAGCCACGUGGCGCAUACCCUGUGGCAAUGAGGCGCACACAGGAUUUGUAUCUAGCCUCACUUUCAUUUCGGCUCUGGUUUGCUCCAUGUCCAUAGUCCUAGCAGCCUCCCUGGUUUCUUGAUGCAAGUACUGGAACUGCGAGACAUGAUGCAUUGGUAUACUUCAAAAGUCAGAUCGUUCUCACAGGCUUUUGCACGUCCAUACGCAAUCUGCAGUUUUCAGAGGAAGCCAAAUACGGGGAAAAGAGCAUCAGUUGCAUGCUUGGUGUUUGCCCAAUGUUUUUGGAAAUCUCUUAAAGAAUUAUAUGGUCGAUAAUGCUUUUUGUCCACAGGAGCUCUGUUGUGCUAUCCUUUGCGGCAUGUGGAUGAACUGGACCCUCAGAAAUAGAAGAUACCAUGGGGAGACUACCAUGAACAUCUCACAAGCAUGCUGAUGAGCCUGGGAGAUGGCAUCAGAUAUGAUCCAAACAUCAAAUUCUGAUGCAAAGGAGAAAGAAGAAACUAGAAUCAUUAAGUGGAAACGCCCCCCUGUAGGUUUUGUAAAGGUGAAUGUUGAUCCAUCUUUCAAUUUGGAAUUUUGGAUAAUCAACAAGGAGCCACAGGGGUAAUCAGGUUAUUGCAACAAGGAACAAAUGGUAUACCUCUCCAUAGUCCCUAAUAUCAUCACUGCUGAAGCUCUUGCUUGCGGGGACGGAGCAGAUCUAGGGUGCGACCUGAACCUGCUGAAGGUGAUUAUGGAAACUCUUGCCUAUGUUGAUUAGUUUGUGGAGUAGCAGGAACGUUAAUAGAUCGUGUAUGCUCCCUAUGUUGUAUCAAAUCCAAGAUCUUAUUAUGGAGUGUAUAUCUUUUGAGCUUACUCAUGUUAGAAGAGAGGCCGAAAUGGCUGCUCACUACACAGCCAAAACUGCCUCCAAAUCGAA